AUAGAAAAGGAAAAAGGCCAACCCGCUACUCACCGUUUCACCUCUUUCCUUGCCCUUUCCCAAACUCCACUGAUUGACCCCUGAAGAAAAGAAAAAGCCGAGUGAAAAGAGAGAAAGAAACGUUAGGGCUUCUGCAAAAAGAGGGAAGAAAGAAUCGAAAAAUGGAAAUUUCGGAGAAAAAGGAAGCAGAGAUCAAUAACAGCAGCAAAGAUUCGAACAAUAAUAGUAACAUUAACGUCGAAUUUACGGAUUCUGAUACCAAUAAUAUGAAUAAAGAAGCUGAAGAACGCCAAGCUCGUGAACUCAAAGCCGGUUUGCAUCCUCUCAAGCACAAAUAUGUGUUCUGGUACACUCGUCGGACACCUGGAGUUCGAACCCAAACAGCCUAUGAGGACAAUAUAAAGAAAAUUGUGGAUUUCAGUACAGUUGAAGGUUUUUGGGUCUGUUACUGCCACUUGGCCCGUCCUUCUACUUUGCCAAGUCCAACAGAUUUGCAUUUAUUCAAGGAGGGAAUCCGUCCCUUAUGGGAGGACUCUGCUAACUGCAAUGGUGGCAAAUGGAUAAUUCGUUUCAAAAAGGUUGUCUCAGGUCGCUUUUGGGAAGAUUUGGUUCUUGCCUUGGUGGGUGAUCAACUUGAUUAUGGUGAUAAUAUUUGUGGUGCAGUACUGAGCAUUCGCUUCAAUGAGGAUAUAUUGAGUGUAUGGAAUCGCAAUGCAUCUGACCAUCAGGCUGUUAUGGCCCUAAGAGAUUCAAUUAAACGGCACUUAAAGCUUCCCCACGGCUAUGUUAUGGAAUACAAGCCCCAUGAUGCUUCUUUGCGUGACAACUCAUCGUAUCGAAACGCAUGGUUGAGAGGGUAGAAGUAUCUGGUAUACUUUAACGAAAACAACCGGAUGCAAAGAUUGCAGAUGUUAUGUUUAACGAGUCUGCUUCUUCUGAGUUCCUUCACUAAUCCUGUAUUUUGGCAUGAGAACCAUGUCGAAUGUCACGGUUGUGAGAAUCCUUUAAAUUGAACUCUAAGACGAUGGCAUCUAGACUGCGGUCAGAUGUUGGUUUUAUAGAUGAAAUAUUCCUUAACCCUUGGUUUCAA